GUUGAGUUUUACGUGCCCAAUUAAGAUGCUUAAUAUCUUAUAAUUAAUUAAGGGUUACUUUAUGGCUCUAAUUAUUAUUAAUUAUGAUCUUUAGGAGUCACCUAGAGAUGAUGAAGAGGUUCAAGAUGUGGAGCUACAAGGAAGGAGAACAACCCUUGGUCCAUUUUGGUCCUAUGAAUGAUAUAUAUGGCAUUGAAGGACACUUCAUAGAUGAAAUAGAAAGGGAGGGGAGCCCAUUUAGGGCUACAGAUCCUGAUGAGGCACACAUGUUUUUCCUCCCAUUUAGUGUAGCUAACAUUGUUCACUAUGUUUACUUGCCUAUCACUAAAAAACAGGACUACCAUCGUGAUCGUCUACAACAGAUUACCUGGGACUACAUUGGCGUUGUGUCACAUAAGUAUCCCUAUUGGAAUAGGAGCAAAGGUGCCGACCAUUUUAUGGCUUCAUGUCACGAUUGGGCACCAGAGAUUUCAGCUGGCCAAUCGAAGCUUUUCAAAAACUUCAUUAGAGUGCUUUGCAAUGCCAACACCUCUGAAGGGUUCCAACCUAAGAGAGAUGUUCCAUUACCUGAAAUAUUUGUACCUUCUGGAAAGCUCGGUCCCCCCAAUUUGGGUCAGGCUCCAAACAAUCGUCGAAUUCUGGCCUUCUUUGCGGGUAGAGUUCAUGGACCGAUUCGACCAAUCUUGCUCGAGUAUUGGAAGGACAAAGAUGACGAAAUUCAAGUCCACGAGAAGCUUCCCAAGGGCAUGAACUACACCGCAUUAAUGGGACAAAGCAAGUUUUGCUUGUGCCCUAGUGGUUUUGAAGUGGCAAGCCCUCGAGUUGUGGAGGCAUUUUAUGCAGGGUGUGUUCCGGUGUUAAUUUCCGACAACUACACAUUACCCUUUAGUGAUGUCCUUGAUUGGAGCCAAUUUUCAAUACAAAUUCCCGUCGCGAAAAUACAAGAAAUCAAGACCAUCUUACAAGCAAUUCCAAAUGAGGAAUACCUAAAGAUGCAGAGGAGGGUUUUAAAAGUUCGGAGGCAUUUUGAACUCAACAAGCCGGCUAAGCCAUUUGAUGUGAUUCACAUGGUACUUCAUUCAGUGUGGUUGAGACGACUUAAUUUUAAGCUUGGAACUUGAUCAUGAUCAACAACAACUUAUGUGUAAUUUUCUCGUUUUUACAAAGAGCAUAUAUAGUCUAAUCGUGUGGGUCAUAUAAUCACUUAAAAGCUGGUGCAUUUAAAUAUUAAUAGUGGAUUGAUGCACAAAUUUAGGCAUAUGGCACGAUCCUUGGUUCUGCCAGUGGAUAAAUG